AGCAUCACAACGAUGUGGGGGAAGAGAGAUGUUGCCGCUCGUGGAAAAAGAACAAUGUUGAAGCAACUCUCUCUUUAUCUUAAGCGCAUGCUUCCAGCCUUGGGAUUACAGACACGUUCCCUCUGGAUUUCCUGCCCACUGAAGGAUGCUCUGUUCUGACGGCGAUCCUGCCGUGCGCACAGUAAGGACUACAGGACUUUUCUCACUGUUUCCAGCUACCUGCCACUGAUCCAGCCAGCCAGGGGAGUCUCGUACAGCCCAUGGAGUCCAGACUCGUGUUAGAUGCUCCACUCCACAUGUAUGCUUGGCUGUAGAGAGAGAAAGGCAAAGAGAUUAGAAACACUGGCAGCUGAUCAGCUCCAUGGUUUUCUGACUUUAUCCAGGCGGUGAUUUUUGGCAUCUGAUAAAGAGAUGACCCAGGAACAGUGUCCACAUAGGAACAAUGUCCAGAGCACCGAAAAGCCACAAGUGUAUAAAGUGGGAAUCUAUGGCUGGCGGAAACGUUGCCUUUACUUUUUUGUUCUCCUGCUCAUGAUCCUCAUCGUGGUCAACCUCGCUCUCACCAUCUGGAUCCUCAAAGUUAUGAACUUUACUAUAGACGGCAUGGGUAAUUUGCGCAUCACUGAAAGAGGCCUGAAACUCGAGGGUGAUUCUGAAUUCCUUAAGCCGCUGUAUGCCAAAGAAAUCCAGUCCAGACCAGGAAGUCCAUUGUUCCUGCAAUCUUCUCAAAAUAUUUCCAUCAACAUCAUCAAUGAGAAGCAGAAGUUAGUAUCUAAGCUCGUUGCAGGUUCUCGAGGAGUUUUUACAGAGGGCAAAAUGCUGGAGGUGAAAUCAAGUACAGGAAAGCUGCUGUUCUCUGCAGAUGACCAUGAGGUGGUGGUCGGUGCAGACAGAUUACGAGUUUUGGGAGCGGAGGGGGCCGUGUUCAGCAGCUCAGUGGAGACUCCACAUGUGAGGGCCGAGCCUUUCAAAGAGCUACGACUGGAGUCUCCCACACGUUCACUUUACAUGGAAGCACCUAAGGGUGUGAAGAUUGAAGCGGACGCAGGUGAUUUUCAAGUGACCUGCAGGACGGAUUUACGCCUGGAGUCAAAAGAUGGAGAGAUCAGCUUGGAUGCCAAGAAAAUCAAGCUCCUACGCCUGCCUGAGGGAAAGGCCUCAACCUCUGGAAACAGACAGACUGUGUUUGAGGUGUGUGUCUGUCCCAAUGGAAAACUCUUCUUAUCACAAGCAGGAACUGGCUCUACCUGCCAAAUCCGCAACAACGAAUGCACAUAAAUACACACGCGCAAACACACACGCACAUACAGAGGAUCCGCUUCUCUUGACGAAUCCAACCAGAACUGAAAAUGGAUUUUCUCAAGACUCAUGACAAUACCGAGUGACGUUUGCUCUAUUGAUAAAACAACAUUUGAACCCGAAACUUUUAUGGUGAUCACCGGAAUACAAUUCAACACCAUUCAGAUCCACGUCUUGCAUUUUCUCUCGUUAAUGUGCCGAUUUUCACUCAGAAUCUAUUUUUGCAGCCAUUCAAUAAAGACUGUGGAUGCUUUA